GUACAUACACCUAAUCCUCCCACACAUGGACACAUACGGUCCGAGACAACAGGCCAAGAUCCAAAGGUGCCAAGUUGGCCGGCCGAGGUGGAGUCUCGUGUACACACUUAUCAUGGUACAAGUGACUGCAUACAUGGACAAUUUGUGAACAUUUGGACAAGUGCCGACCCCGCGCCCGCUGCCUGGGUUGGGUUCACUUGAUUCCCAGCUUGCAAGGAGACCACUCCAUGGCACGCUGCUUCCUGCAGGCACACGCAAACAUGUCGUCGCUUGCACCCAUCCGAGCUGAAGAGGAACAACAGUGCAUCGUUUACAGCACACGUUCAGCGCGUCACAGUGCACCUAACGCGGCUGGAGACUGGUGAUGGCCACGAUAAUCUGGGUCGAUGAACCAAUAAAGCAGUGCUCGAAGCGGAAUGGCUAGAUCGUUUGGUGGUGGUGGCGGCGGCGGCUGACUGCUCUGGCCAACAGCCUGGCUCAUCCCGCAAUCCAUCCAUGCUCUCAUCCACCGCUUUGGAAAACCUUGUUUACUCCCAGCUCAACUCCCCCAGCAUCCCGUCCCAUCCAUUCAUCCAUUCAUAUCAUUCAUCAACCACUCCUCCACCCACCCACACUAUCACUGUACGCCAGCGGCACGUCACCGUGGCGCCGUCGCCAUGAGCUGUGUCCCCGCUCUUCAUAUUCUUCACUGGCAAAACGGAUCGAUGGAUGGGUGAACCGAAGGCUGAAUGAAUGGAUGGAUGGAUGGAUGGUGAAUUGCACACGGCCCUCACCAGCCUUGCCGCCCCAUGUGCGUACGUGCGUGCGUGCUAAUCGCUCGUCCACCCACGCGUUGACCUGGUAUCUGGGGCUGGGAUGGAGGACGUGGCUCACUCUGUCAGCUCUUCUGAUAACUAUGACAUCUGCAAACUCGCAAUGACUCGCCCGUCGGCUCACACAUUUGCGGACCUGCAGAAGAUACUGCGGCCGCAGAGCAAAAAUGCCGACUGAAUACGAAGCCCACGCUAUCUUUGACACAGCUUGCAGACGGCUGCAGACGGCGACCACCAAUACGCGCCUACGAGGGUCCAAGCGACGUCGAUCGGCCGUAUAUAUCCCUGACCCCAAACCCCCUUUUGAUCAGAGCAGAUGCCACGAGCAAGCAUUUCCGUAAUGUCGAGCAGGGUGAGCAGGGUCUUGGUCCGGGAACUCUUGCCAUGUACGGGCGCCACAGCCAUGAGCAGCCUCACCAUUCGUCUCGUCACCCCUGCCACCACGAGGCAAUGCAUACAAGGACCACAGUGUGUGCUGAUACGAGCGUCAUUGUAGUAGUAAGAUCUUCCCCAUCGGGGCCAUUGCCCAUCCCACCGCUGGCCAUUGAGGAAUAGCCACGCCAAGACCCGUGUAGACGACAGUACGCUAGGCUACAUCGGCUGCCUAUCACGUACUGCCUACUUACUCAGUCCCUAGUGGCAGACGUUGACGACGGACACGAAUUAUCACCCCACGAAGACCUUGAAUACGGCCACAGACACAUUAGCCUCAUCAGUUCGCCCCAUUUCAACGUCGCUGUUCGUGUUUGUUAGUACUCUCGUGUGGCGCAGGUCGACCACGGCCCGUCAGUCGUAUACCGGUAAUGUAUCGAAAUUCAAUCACCGCAGUACGCACCACGCGGUCGUGAAAUUGGCUGCAGUUUUACUACGCCUGUACACAUCUGAUUUACCAUUCACGCCUCCGGAUACUGCCGAAUACGAUCUUCACCGGACUGGCUUUGAGAAUCCU